UGAUAGUCGUAGUGGACGUUUGUACUAUACGUUACAUUAUGUGCAUAGUUAGUGAUUGGGUGGGUGAUAACUAGACCCAUCGCACGCCCGACUGAGACAUUGGGGUUUUUGGUUCUAUUGAGUCGUAAAACGUGCCUGUCGCCAGUGUUGAAGGUUUAUACACUUCUACCUCCACCCUCCACGACGGCGUCGAGUUGAGUUGUCGACUUUCAGCUCCUUAUCUCCUCGCCCUCUCCCCCUCCGCCAUCUUCAAUCCUCGCUCUCGCUCUCUCUCUACGCCGGGCGCAGAAGAGACGAGUCUCAAUCGCCAAGAUGGCAUACGUCCAGACGGUCAUCCCGCUCGUUAUUACUACUCUGCUUUUUACCAUUCUCGCGGGCAUCCUCGUCCUCACGCGGGUUAUCACCAGAGCGCGCAUUGGAAUUAUUGGCAUUGACGAUUACCUCUCUUUUGGAGCGCUGCUGGCUUCCAUUCUAUUCUCUGUGGUUAUCUUUCAACAAAUUAAGUAUGGCCUCGGCACGCCCUUUGCCACGAUCCCCCAGGAGAACAUUCCAAUCUUCGUAAAGUGCCUCUGGGGAACAAUCCCAUGCUACAACGCGUCUCUCAUCCUUACCAAACUCUCCAUUGUCUUCCAGUACAAGCGCAUCUUCACCACCCCGCUGAUCAACCGCCUGUGCAACAUCAUGCUCGGCGUCCUCGUCGUCUACGGCCUCUGGACCAUUGUCGGCUCAAUCCUCAUGUGCGUCCCCGUCGCCGCCUUCUGGGACCAGACCAUCAAGGGCCACUGCAUGAACCGCUUGCAAUUCUGGUUCGCUAAUGCGGGCGUCAACAUCGCUACCGAUAUCAUCAUCUUCGCCAUCCCUAUGCCGCUGCUCAAGCAGCUCCAACUCCCAAAGAAGCAGAAGAUAGGGCUCAUGUUUGUCUUCGGCUUCGGCGCCUUCGUCUGCGUCACCUCCAUCAUCCGCCUCAAAUCCCUCUACGAAAUCUCCGUCUCCCCCGACACCGCCCUCGACGGCGUCAACGCCGGCAUCUGGUCCGGCAUCGAAAUCAACGUCGCCCUCGCCUGUGCCUCCCUCCCCGCCAUCAAGCCCUUGAUCGCCAAAGCCGUCCCUCACUUCCUGUCCUCGUCGCGCGGCGAGCGCUCUGGGCGCCACAACAACGCCUCCGGUGGCUAUGAUCACGCGCUGAGCGAGCUGAGCCAGAAUAAGCGCAGCAGGGUUGUGAGGUCGGCGGUUGGGGAUGAGGAUGAGGUGGAUUUGAAUGGGAAUAAUGGGAAUGGGAUUACGGUGGAGCGCACGGUGAGGAUACAGGGGCAUCAGGCGCCGAGGGUGAGUGGGGAGGGGAGUGAGAGUAGUUUGGUCAAUUGGAAGGCGGAUGUGUAUACGGAGGAGAGGCGGCAGAAGGAGAUAUAGGUGGAGAUGGGUAUAUGUAUGGUGUUUAUAUAUAUGAUAUCUGCUUUUGGAGUUUUUAGGGCGGGAAAUUUGAAGGGAGCGAAAGGUGAAUAUGUAUAGAUGAUUUGGGGGUGGUGUAUAUUUUUACAUAUUAGAUGUAUG